AUGCACUGGUAUAAUUCGCAUUUAUUUUUCUGGUCUAAAUUCGUAUGCGAUUCAAUGCUUAUCAUAGGAUAUGCAUCGAUAUAUGCGUUUAUACUGCAAUAUUAUAUUAAUAUUCUCGGUGAAAAUGACCGCGGUUGUGUACAUGUGAAUACAUUAAACGCAUUGAUGGGACCGUCGGGUGCGGGAAAGACAACACUAUUAAAGCGUCUGAACGGACAGAAUAGCGUCGGUUUGAGCGCAAACACCAAGAUUUACGCAAUUAAUGACCGAUGGGUUCGACCGUGUUUUAUAAAGUCAGAAGUUUGGGACCACUUAUUGCCGGGACUGACUGUACGACAGACACUGGUAUACGCGUCGAGACUCAAGAAUUCAAGGAUUUGUGUUGAAUUAAAUCACAAUAAAAUUGUAACGGAUUUGAUGUCAGAGCUGGCGAUCGGCGAUACGGCAGACAAUAGGGUCGAGACGUGUAGUGGAGGCGAACAAAAACGUAUACCUAAUAUGUUAUGUAUUGACGAACCGACGAGUGGUUUGGAUAGCAAUGCCGUCGAAGUGGUAAUAAACUGUUUAAAAAUAUUGUCCCGAAGGCAUGAGAUGACAAUCAUAGCGUCCAUACAUCAGCCAAACAACGAUAUAUUCAAUAUGUUUGACAACAUCUAUGUGUUGGCCAAAGGAGGGGUUUGUCUGUAUUCAGGAGUUCCCCACCGAUUGAGACAACAUCUCACAGACAAUGGCAUUGAAUGCCAGGAAAAUCAAGUGCCGAUUGAAGUGUUGAUGAAAAUGGGCUCAACACCAAAAUCACAAUCACGUGACACAACCGACACCACAAUGUAUAUCAAUGGAGUGAAUUGCGAUACCAAUGCUCUAUCAACUAUGCGGCCAGUGUUGGGCUCAUUAAGCCUAGCAAAGCGGUUCAGUUUUACUGACAUAUAUCACUCGCUAUGCUAUUCGCUAACCCAUACACUCCGGUGCCAAUGGGUGUUAAUAUUGGCGCAGUUUGUGGCGCUGCAAACGUUUGCGUUGGUUAUGGUAUACAGCGUUAGCCCCGAUAUAAUAGUACCCGACGGGUGUGUGGAACUGGCGUUUGGCGCCGACUGUACCCAAACGGUGGCUGAGCUCCGGGACGAGACGCUCAUCAAUCAAAAUAUUAAGCUCCAAGUUUGCUUAAUCAUAUCCAUGGCGUUUGUGGUGUUGGUGAUGAUGUCGGCCACUUUUGGCCAAGACUUUCGCAGUGUGGCCCAAUUAUCGGCCAUGGUGUUUAUUGACGAGCCUAAAGUGACCGCAAUAUUCGCCCUGAUCAUUCAGAUCGGGGUACAAAUGUUGGGCAAUAAUCAGAUACCGGUCAGAGAGUUGCACUACACGUUGCAAUGGCUGAGCCAACUAUCGUACAUAGGAAUGUCGUUUGAAUGUAUCAUGAUAUACGGUUUUGGACGCUGUCAGGGCAAUCAAAUACCUGGCGUACUCUAUGCCAUGGCGAUUGAUGAUGAUAAAUUUUGGCCAAAUACAUUGCGAUUGGCGGUUGUUUGCGCUGUACUCAAAAUAUUGACUAAUUAA